UAUGUUUCCUUGAGGACAAGGAAAAUUUUAAGGGGAGGGAUAUGUUACGCAUAUAAAUAGGGAUUGGCCUUGUAAAUUAGAUAUGUUGAAUAUUGUUGAGAUAAUGAAACCCCUUCUAUCCCUUUGUUCUCUCUUCUCUGCCCCUAUUCCCUCUCUUCUCCCUCUCUGAGAUUCUGGUUGUAUCACAAUUCCAUCUUCCUCUUCCGUGCGGUGAUUUGGAUGCUUGACUUUCUCCACAAUAUUUCUGGAUUUCCAUGGACAUGUGAGGUGCUUCAUUGUAGAAGCCACCAGGUAAAUCCCAAACAAAGCAAACCAGAUUCGUGGUUGCAACUGUACCGAUAUGAAAAAUGGCGUUUGCUAUUAGGGUUUUAAGGACAGUGGGAAAGAGAUUUGAGUUCUUUCCAGUUCCUCAGCAUUCCUUCUUCUUCUGCAAACAUGCAAAUUUGAAUGCAAAUCCCCUUCUCCUCAAACUAGUUCAGGUCUCCAAUUCACGCAUCAAAACGACACUGGAUCAGGAAAUGCCUUCCUUUCAAAGCUCACAACUAUCCUGGGAUUCGCUUGUUACAUCUCUCAUCCCUUGUUCUUCUGAUAAAGCUCGCUUGGUUUUGGAAUGGAUUUUGGAGAAAAUGCUGAAAGAGAAUGUAAAAGACCAUAGUCUCUUCUCUGAGCUCAUCUUGCUAUGUGGAAAGCUGAAGAAUCUGCCACUAGGAAUGCGCGUGUUUACUUCUAUGGAGACUAUUGGAGUUAAACCCUCGUCCUUGGUUUUUAAUUCCCUUAUUAGUGCUUGCUUGUCUUCCAAUGACAUUGUUACAGCAUAUAGUUUAUUUGAGAUCAUGGAGAGUUCAGAAAGUUAUAAGCCCGAUUUUCACACCUAUAAUAUCUUUAUUUCAUUUUUUUCCAAGUCAGGGAAUGUUGAUGACAUGUUAGCUUGGUACUCGGCUGAGAAGGCUGCUGGACUCGGUUCUUAUCUUCAAAUGUUUGAAUCCCUUAUAUCAGGCUGUGUUAAUUCGCGAAACUUUGAGAUUGCUGAUCAAAUUUUUGAAGAAAUGAUGGUUUCUGAAAUCAUACCUAGUGUAUCCAUACUGGAAAGUAUGCUUAAAGGGCAUUGCAAACAAAAGAGUUUGGGUCGAGCUGAGGAGUUCUUCAGGUUCGUGCUAGAUACCAGGUGGGAAGUCAGCGAAAUCAUGGCUGAGAUGUUAGUAGCAUUGUAUCUUGAACAAGGGCGUGUGGAAAAGAUGGAGGAGCUACUCGAAACUAUGACAAAGCCAUGUCUAGUCAAAACUGGCGUGCUCUCACAAAUCCAUUGUGGGAUUGUGAGGAUGUAUGCCAUGUUAGAUAGGUUGGAUGAUGUAGAGUUUGCUGUGGGCAGAAUGCUGAAACAAGGGUUGUCGUUCACAUGUGCGGAUGAUGUUGAAAAAGUUAUCUGCUCAUAUUUUAGAAGGGAAGCUUAUGAUAGACUAGACAUGUUCUUAGAAUGUUUGGAGUGUUGCUAUGUGCUUACCAGAUCAACUUAUGACUUGUUGAUUUCUGGCUAUAAGAGAGCAAGCUUACAUGAAAAAGUAGAUUCAGUGUUGGAAGACAUGAAAUCAGCGGGACUAGUGUGAGGAUAAAACUUACCUACAGGACAUCAGAUAUUGUCUGUGUUGUUGCCCAAUAAAAACUUAGCUACCCACUUUUUAAAUUUGAUAAUUUCCUCAACUUCUCAUUUUAUAGCUGUGUCACAUUGUAAUUUCCUCAACUUCUCAGUAAAGACUAAACAUUUGGAACUGUAUCAAAGUUUUGUCUUGAGAAUAACAGAGCUAAUGUGAUGAUGGCAGAUGAGCUCCAUUAAGCUCCUUAAUUUUUACAA